GUUUCUAAUGAGUAAAGUGAGUAAAGCUUACUUCAUAGACAACCAGCACAUUUCACUACGUUAGAAAUACUUUGAAAUGUUGACUUGUAGGAGGAGGCGGAGUUUAGCUCAGAGGUACUGUGGGUAGGACUCAUUCAUAUCACAGUAUUUAAGUUUUGGCAUGAGAGAAAGAGUUGUCAGAGUUGAAGGUCUAUUUCUAAAGGAUAUAUCGAAGCGUGGGGGUGGUUUUUUUUUUUAAUUUAAGAUGCUAGCAGUUGAUCUUCAGAUUCUUCUUGUAAUAAUUUUGGGGACUUCUGAUUGCCAGAUAAUCCCUAGGAUUGAAAAAUGUGGACUCUCAUGUUCUCAGGGCUUUCAUUGUAAAAGCAAACCUUCCACUGGUAUUUUUAACAGUUUCUGCCGUGAUGCUCCUGCCUCUUUAUCUUCUACCGUAUUGAAAAGCAUGAAACUCUCAACAGCGAUGAAGUGUGUACAGGGAAGCCAAUGCUCUCUUCACUUAAGCAUUAAAGCGACCCUGAAUCUUGAUGAAAAUAUUCGUGGUCUGGAAAUCUGUUCUCUCUCAGCGGAGAUGCAGCACUCUCAGUGUGUGAAUGUGAGAUUUUCUAGAAAAACAAGCAACAAGCUUCUUGGAAGGAAGGUGCAUGUGCAGUUUAAUUGCUUUGAAGUCAAUGUAGCACAACACAUCUAUGUGACCAUGAAAACAAUACCAAAUUACUGUGAAGUCAAGUUGAGUCAGGAGUACUAUGUUGAAGAUUGCAGGAACAAUGAUGUGGGAAAACAUAUUCCAGUCUGUUUUGCUGGGAAGUUGGAUUAUAAUGUGGACAGGGCGAGGAAAACCAUAUCUGUGAAUGUAUCAGAUUUUCUUCAAGACCAAGACUAUUAUGUUCGUUUAUGUCACAAAUGGUUUACCUGUGAAGACGUGGGGUCAUUUGCUUUGAUAAAAGGGAAGGAGUCUUUGAAGUCAACUUCCUUGCAAUAUUCCCAGUUACUGCCUUGUCUCUGCAUUGAGGGUUGGUCGGCGAUCCCAGAUGCAAGGAGGACACAACUUUGCCCUUUUAAAAAUGAUACAAAGGCACUGUGGGAUAACAUUGUAUAUAAUCCAGCCACACAAACACUAGCCUGGGAACCAGCCUGUCCUGUGCAUGUCACUGUUAACCUGUGCAGGUUAACAAAGUCGAAUGACCAAUGUGUAGAUCUACAAAACUCAUCAACUACAGCUCCAGAGAAAGUAAAAUAUUCCCGCGUAGACACUCAUCCAAGACUUUGCAUGAAGUUUACAACCAAGCAAGGCUCUUGGGUUAGAUGCCCAUUUGCUCAUGGGAAUUUCCCAGCUUGGAAAAUGAGAAUUGCUGCCGGGGCAGAACAGAUACAAGUCUCCUUCAUGUCACAAACCAAAGCACAAUUUUCAGUGCUGGUGUGUAACAAGGCACAGCUGUCUUCAUGUGACUCUGUUGGGAUACGCCACUCAGUCUCAGCGGGUGACUCUCAUCCCACAUCUGUCAAUAUUUCAGGUGAAAUAUGUGGCUCACAAGUUUGCAUUCAGGGCUGGAGGACAGAUGUAGAUUAUUCUGUUCCACUACAGAUCUGUGAUAUCCAAUGCAGAUUAUCUUCCCGGAGUCAAGAAGAUGAUGAAAACUCCAUAAGGAUCAUGUUGCUGACAGCAAUCAUUUUAAUCCUGGUGACAAUGAUGGCUCUCCUUGGACAUAAAAUUUUAACAGUUUUUCACAGAAAGAAGCAUGAAGGCAGAAGUCCAGCACAGAUCAUAAGGCAGAGUUUUUCCACUAGAGUGAAGAGUACCUCUUCCUUGCAUUGAUGAUGGUGGCUGGUGAAUUUAGCAGAACUCUUUCAAGAUCCUCAACAUCCUUCUCAAUAUCAGGUUGACUUUACAUGUUACUUGCAAACCCUUGUACACACGAGUAGUCCAUUCUCAUGCAAACAGACUUUGGUAGGACUAUUCACAAGUGUAAAAGGCUUUACAAGCUCAGAGUGUAACAUUUUAACUUCUUCAAAUGAGGGAGUAACACAUAGUCUGUUUGCCUAUAUCUCAAGAACAGAAAAGGUUGGUUAGAUCAUGUGGGUAGAGAAUCUGGCCCACAUUUUCCUGUGAAAUGAAUGGUUUAUUUAAGAUGCCAGAAGUGGGCAGGUUUCGCACCCCAGUUGCUGUA